GUUAAUGCAAACCUAUUUCUUCAAAAUAAAAAACUUAAAAAAGUAAUAAUAAAGCCUAAUUAAAGGUUAAUUUAAUAAUAUUAACAAUUCUCCGGACAAAAUAUCUUUUUUGAAUAAGAAUCAUCCUUUUCGAACAAGACUACACCUGAUCUGAAGGAAGACUAGAAAUGGACUCGUUUUUCAUGUUGAUAAAAAACACGUGGCAUACAGUGUUGGACAAAAUGUGAUGGUCAGAGAAAUAAGUAGUGGUAAAGAAUACAGAUACUAUGGUCAUUCGAAUACCGUUUCCUGUGUAGCUGUUGCUAAAGAUGGAUCGUUUCUAGCUUCUGGACAAGAAAAUUUUAUGGGCUUUAAGGCAGAUGUUAUAAUCUGGAAUUUUCAAGAUCAAACCAUUUAUGCUCGUCAUAAUAUACAUCGUGUGAAAGUGGAAGCAGUGGCAUUUACAUGCGAUUCAAAAUAUAUCAUUUCACUUGGAGGACAAGACUGUGGGAAUGUGGUUAUCUAUGACGUGGAUAGCUCAGCUCUGCUUUGUGGAAAUGUAGCUGCACCUCUUGCUGGAGGUUAUGCAAAUAUAUUACGCUGUGCUAACACGAGAAAUGAUAUAUUUGUUUCAGCUGGAAAUAAUAGUUUGCGCAUAUGGAAAAUUAAUUUCAGAAGUAAAAGAGUAACUCCAACCAAUGCAUCAAUUGGACGUAUUCGAAGAGAAAUUAAAUGUGUCGAUAUAGACAUGGCUGAUAACCACUUAUAUUGUGGAACUGCUUCUGGUGAUAUACUCAAACUUCAAAUAGUCCUAAGUGAAGAAGGUUUCGAUGCGAAACUAUUAAAUUGUUUGAUGAGAAUAGUUAGCAAAGAGAUCAUCCGAGAUAUUCCUCUAUUCAGUGGAGGUGUAACUGCUAUAGCUGUUUUAAAAACUGGAGAACUGUUAAUUGGAACUGGAGAUGGAAUUGUUUGUCGCUGCAGUCAAGUAGAGUGCCCAGUAAAAGACUUGACAAAGAAACCCCAUACGGGAACAGUUCCUACUAAGAAAACUAAAGCUAAGCAAGUCAAAAUAGAAAUGAAACUUAAAGAACUAGAAAAAACUUUGAUACUCGGAGAAGUUACAUCGAUAGCUCUUAGAGGAGAUGGACACCAGUUUUUGGUUGGUUCUCAAAAGUCUGAAAUUUAUCAAGUCACUUUGAUUGGAUUUAAGUGUGAGCGAAUUUAUACUUGCCACGGUAAAGCUGUCCGUGAUGUUGUCUUUCCUUACAAAUGUUCAGAUUUGUUCACUACUUGUUCCUUUGAAACAAUCCGAGUCUGGAAUCUCGCCUCUUCCUUAGAGCUUUUGCGUAUUGAAGUUCCUAACAUGACAUGCCAUUCUGUAUUAGUAAUGAGAGACGGAAGAUCAAUUAUAAGUGGAUGGAAUGAUGGUAAAAUUAGAGCUCAUACUCCUGAAACUGGCCAUCCUAUUUACAUCAUAGAAAAUGCUCAUCAACGGGGUGUGACAGCCAUUGCCGCGACUUCCAACUGUCGCAAUAUCAUAAGCGGUGGAGGUGAAGGAGAUGUUAGGGUCUGGAAUGUCACAACAAGUGUUCAAGUUCUUCUUCGUACAAUGAAAGAGCAUAAAGGUGCGAUUACGUGCAUAAAAGUGAAAAGUAAUGAUAAGGAAUGCGUAACUUCAGCAGGUGAUGGCUCAUGUAUAAUUUGGGAUUUAGAGAAUUUCAUAAGGAUGCAAGUGGUGUUUGCAAACACAAUUUUUCAAGCAGUGUGUUAUGGUCCUGAGGAAUAUCAAAUAAUUAGCUGUGGAACGGAUCGUAAAAUUUCUUAUUAUGAAGUCCUUGAUGGAACGAUGGUACGAAGUUUAGAAGCUUCGCUAUCCGGAUCUAUAAAUGCUAUGGACAUAACUGAUGACUGCAAAUUGUUUGUCACUGGUGGCGCUGAUAAGUUGAUAAAGGUUUGGAAAUAUCUAGAAGGUACAGUCACUCAUGUUGGAUAUGGUCAUAGUGAUGAAAUUACUGCUCUGAAAAUUUCACCGAAUAAAAAACAUAUUAUAAGUGUUGCAAAAGAUGGCAGUAUUAUUCGCUGGAAAUUUCCCGCACAACUUCAAUAAUAUACCCACUCGUUACUGUGAAAUAAGUGAAAUUCUAGUUUUGAUACUUGUGAAAAAGGUUUUCCAUCUAUUUCAAUCAAGGUAUUCAGAAAAUAUUCAUAAAUUUUUUUUAGAUGCGAAGUUUUGAUAACUUUUAAACAGCCAUUUUAAAUCUUUUGUACACAUGAAGUGUUUUAAUUAAGUACGCAUCAUCAAAGUAUGUUUUAGAGUAUAUAUCAGUAUUUUAUUAGAUACCUCUGUAUAAAUAAAUAAAUUCAUAUUCAUUCUUAA